AUGUCGGUCUCGAGGGUUUUCUUCGGAGUUAUAACAUUUGUGUUGAUAGUGUUCUCCAUUUUGAUUCCACUGGCACAGGCUCAAUCUGCGGCUCCUGCGCCAGCCCCAACAAGCGAUGGAACAACGAUAGACCAAGGCAUAGCAUAUGUCCUUAUGUUGGUGGCUUUGGUCCUCACAUACCUCAUCCAUUGA